AUGUCGCUGACGACGGGCUAUUCGGCCUGUGCGCUAGGCGCGUUCGCGAUUCUCAUGUGCCUCGUCGCCGUGCCGACCGUCCUCAUGCAGAUCGAGCAGGUUCGCGUCGAGCUCGCCACCGAAAUGGACGCGUGGAAGAGCCAAUCGGACGCGUUGUACACCGACAUGCAGCGCUACGGAAGAAUUCGCCGUCAGGCCGGUGGCUAUGGUGGUUAUGGUGGCUAUGGAUCCGGCGGAAGCCCACCAACAGGACCCAACAGCUUCCCGGGUGGACCACAACCGCCGAACGGCGGAUUCCCGGGUGGAUCGUCGCCGAACCAGCCCAACUUGCCGGGAAUCAUUGGAAUUCCACCAUCGGUCAAUCAUCCGGGAGGCAGUCCGAUCAAUCCGGACGGAUCACCGUCGGCCGGACCCAACGACAAGUGCAAUUGCAACGCGGACAACUCGUGCCCAGCAGGACCACCAGGACCCAAAGGUGUGCCGGGACACGAUGGUCCCGACGGAAUUCCGGGAGUGCCGGGAAUCGACGGACAGGACGCCGACGACGCGAAAGCGCAAACCCAACAGUACGAGGGAUGCUUCCAGUGCCCAGCCGGACCACAAGGACCACCAGGACCACCAGGAAAGCCGGGAUCGCGCGGAAUGCGUGGAGCGCGCGGACAGGCGGCGAUGCCGGGACGCGACGGAUCACCGGGAAUGCCGGGAUCGCUCGGACCCGUCGGACCACCAGGAGCCGCCGGCGAGGAGGGACCCACCGGAGAGCCGGGAGCCGACGUCGAACACCAGAUCGGACUUCCGGGCGCCAAGGGAAUCCCGGGGCCACCGGGAGAGCAGGGCGAUCAGGGCGAGCAGGGAGAUCGCGGCGCGACGGGAAUCGCCGGACCACCGGGAGAGCGCGGACCGCAAGGCGACAAGGGAGACGACGGACCGAAUGGAGCUGCCGGAAGCCCCGGAGAGGAGGGAGAGCCGGGACAGGACGCCCAGUACUGCCCGUGCCCACAGCGCAACGCCAAUUCGGCCGUCAACAGCAAUCCAGGAUACAGAAAUUAA